AUGCCUCAGCGUUGGCGUUCAGAGGCAAGACAACCUUGGCCGAUGCAACAGUACCGGUACCACCUGUGCAGGAUCGUGACUGUCUUCUCCCUCCUUCACUUUGAUGCGGGGCCCAAUGCCCCUCAACCUCUACCCCCACCUUCGCCUCAAGCUUUGCAUGCCAACACCGCCGCUCUUGCGUAG